CGUGUUGAAGAACUUUACUUUACUUUAUCGCUUUGCCCUCCCUGCAUCUUGUUCGAUGUUUGCCUCUUGCAAUGCUACUAAAGCUGCAAAACUACCCAUAGCUUUCUGGGGUGUGUUGAAGGCACAGGAGCUCUGUGAGGCAUCUCAUUUUCUAUUUAAAAUAAAUCAACGGUGUGAUGUAAAACUAAAAGAGUGGCAAACAGCAAAAACUGCAUAAAGACAAGUGAAAUACUCAAAACAGAAAACACAAGAUGAGCGCCUCUGGAGGAACUUGUGGAAGUCCAAACUCCACAGAACCUGCUCCUGAUUACUUCAAGGAAUUGUGGUCCAAACUGAAGGAAUGCCAUGAUAAAGAAGUAAAAGGAUUACUGGCAAAGAUCACCAAGCUGAAAACAGAAAGGUGUUUGGAUGCAGAAAGACUUGAAGAGUUUUACACCAAAAACCAGCAGCUUAGAGAGCAACAAAAAUCAUUGCAUGAAACAAUUACAGUUUUAGAAGAUCGGUUAAGAGCAGGAUUAUGUGAUCGUUGUGCAGUAACUGAAGAGCAUAUGAAGAAAAAACAGCAGGAAUUUGAAAAUAUUCGGCAACAGAACCUCAAGCUGAUUACAGAACUGAUGAAUGAAAGAAACAAUUUACAGGAUGAAAAUAAAAAGAUUUCUGAACAGCUUCAGAAGAUGCAAGAGAAGAUAGAGGAACAAGAACAAUACACGGAAGAGUUCGUUCCAGAUUCACCUGUUCAGUCACUUUCAAUGGUUAAUCAACUGCGCCGAAAACAGGAGAAAAGACAUGUCCAGUACACAGAACAAAAGGGUCCAGAUUCGGAACAGGCAGGAAGACCUCAUAAGCUUGGGAAGAUCCCUCUUUCAUCCACCCAAAGGGAUGUCUGUCCUGAAGAAGAAGUUUUGGUGGCUGAUACCUGUGACCCACAGCUCUCCCCAGUAUCACACGAAAAAAUAGCAGGACAGCGCACUGCUACAAGAUCACCAUUUACCUUGGCAGUAGCUGUUGCAGAAACACUUGGACUUGAUGAGCCAGAACCUCGGAAUAAAGCACAGGGAGAUUUCAGAAAACAGUUGGUUCAUGUGUUUCCUAAAAGUAAUGGUGACAACGUGGAGUUUUCAGAUCCACCUGAGGAUGCUUCUCCACUUAUAGACUGGGAUUCUAAGGUACCUUCUCCUGUUUUUGGAGCCUCUGCAAAUGUGAAGAAGAGCAGCUUGGGCCUCAGUACAAGUCUUUCCUUAUCUGUGUCAGCAACAGGACGUAAGUCAAAUCUGAAAAACAACUCCAUCAACAAUUCUUCCUAUUCCAGAUCUGAGAAAGUGAAAUCAGUAUCUGAAGAUGUUGCUUUUGUUGUACCGCUUAACCCUGGGACUGAAAUAACCUCGGUUAUCAGCCAGGCUCCAACUGGUAAGCAAGUGGUUCUGAAACAGAAUGCAGAUGAGCCCAUAACAUGUGUGACCAACACACAUUUAGAUAAAGAUGAGACAGGCAAGAGUGACUUCCUUCUUCCAUCACAGAAACAAUUAGGCAGCCGAUGCCCUAAAAGGAAGAAACCUGAUGAAAGGAGUGGGCAUGUGAUCAGCUCUGAAAAAGAAAAUGCCUUCCCUUCCCAUGCAGACAAUCCUUCUAUCAAUAGAGAUAAUAUAACUGAUAAGCCUUUAGAUUUAUCUGAUCGCUUUUCGGGUUUUCGCUGUCAAGAAAAAAGUGCUGAGAGCUCCAAAACUAGGCUGAGGCAGGCAACUCUUUGUGAUGUUUUUCAACCACCAGUGAAAGAUUAUUCAUCUAAAACCAUCGUUGGUUAUCUAAUGAGCCAAGAUUCACCAGAGGAUCCCUGUGUACAGGAAGCAUCCCUGGAGAGAGAACCUCAAGUACAAAUAAAAGAAGAGAUCACUGCCUUUUGUAAUCCAGCAAAUGACGUCCUGGAAUCAGACCUCUCUGAAGAUAUGAAGGCUGCUGGUGUCCAUAAACCAACAAAUAAGAGGAUAAGGUUGCAAACUGCAGUAGGUGAGCCAGCAUCUGUGCUUCAACCAAAUCCUUGCAGAGUGAAAAAAGCUGCAAAUCUGCACAAGGAACAAGAUAAUUCAUCCUUGGAAAAUGUACAGUGGAGCAUAGACCCAGGAGCUGACCUUUCCCAAUACAAAAUGGAUGUUACUCUGAUAGAUGCAAAAGAAGGGAUCCAAACAAGAACCGAAGCAGAGACUGUAGACAUGGACUAUACAUAUGUCAGUGAUAGUAUUCUAGUAAGAAUGAAAAAUCAAGAACAUAAAGAAGCAAACAGUUCAAGAGAGAAGAGAAGAAAUGACACUUUAGCAGAAAUAUUUGAUCGGACAUCAUAUGAAGAAUAUGAAUCCUAUCUAGAAGAUGACAAUGUCCUACGAUGUAGCAACAGGGAGUCUUGUCAAGAGGAAGAGGAAGAAAAUAAGGAAAUAUCAACAGUAAAGAAAAGCCUACAGAGGCAUGGAGACAAACAAGAUAAAACCAAACAGAAGGCUUUUGUGGAAUCAUAUUAUAAAAGUGAUGAAAGAAGGAACACGGUAUUAGAUUUUCCUCACAUUGAGGUGGUCCGUAAAAAAGAGGAAAGGAAAAAAUUACCUGGACACACUUGUAAGGAAUGUGAAAUAUACUAUGCAGAUUUUCCAGAAGAGGAGAGGGAAAAGAAGUUAGGUGCCUGUUCAAGGCAUCGGUCUCGCUAUGUUCCUCCUGAUACACCAGAAAAUUUCUGGGAAGUCGGAUUCCCAUCCACCCAGAUGUGUGUUGAAAGAGGUUACAUAAAAGAGGACCUUGCUCCCUGCCAGCGUCCUAAAAGAAGACAGCCUUAUAAUGUGAUGUUUUCUCCAAAAGGCAAGGAACAAAAAACAUAACUUGAGGAAUAACAUUUUACAAAUUGAGAAAUCCUUUUGUUUCCAUAAAUAUUUAAAGUCAGUGAAAAAACAAAUCCAUCUGAAAAUCAUGGUACCUAAACACAACUAUUUAAUGUAUAUAUAUUUUGGGUUUUGUAGAUAUGUUUGUGUCUUGUCCUGAUUUUGCACCUUGUAGUUUGGAGGACCUGUUUUCUGUUCCUUUGGAGUCUGCAGCUCAUCUCCCUACUGGCUACAUUUACAUGGUGUAAGUUGGUGUCACUUUGGGGGGCCAAGCACAUUGCAGCUGCUAACUUCAGGUCUAGGAGAUUCCUGUGAACUUUAGUUGGAACUUUAGAGGGUGCUUCCAUGUUGCACUGGAUAACUUAAAUAAUUUGUAACCACUUUCCUUUUGUAAUAAUUUUUGGGGGGAAAUCUAAUAAAAAUGGAUUUUCUUAACUAUGACUCUUCCUACCGGCUCUUUCCCAAAUCUUUUAUUUUGGAUUUAAAUACUUAUUUGUCCAACAGAUGUGUUAACACUCAUAAUUUAGCAGCGGUAUUACUAAUCCUACACCACCAUUGCAAAGCCCCCCUAACAAAUAGAGCAAAAAUUCAAGACAAAAAUCUGGCUUGCCGGCCACUGCCUAUGGUUUACCACUGGGAUGCGGAACCUGUGGCUCUGCAGAUGUCCCUGAACUACAGCUUCAAACAUCCCUGACCAUUGGCCACUGCCUGGAGCUGAUGUAAGUUGAUAUCCAACAACAUCUGAGGACAAGAGAUUUCCUACGUCUGAUUUAACUGGGCCUGCAGACCAAGGAGAAGGGGACGACAGAGGACAAGAUGGCUGGACAGUGUUCUUGAAGCUACAAACAUGAGUUUGACCAAACUGCGGGAGGCAGUGGAAGACAGGAGUGCCUGGCGUGCUCUGGUCCAUGGGGUCACGAAGAGUUGGACAUGACUAAACGACUAAACAACAACAACAAGCAGACCAAUAGGAGACACCUGGCAAACCAAUUUUGGGCCAAAGGUUCCCCACCCUUGUGUGGCAUGGGCAUAAAAGGGAGGAGCAAAGGAAGCUGAGAGCCUUCCCACUUGUGCAGUGAGAACAAGCCAUAGUUUGGCUUCCCAGGAUGUGCAGACCACACCAAGCCACUUAAGAAAAAGCAUCACUUAAAUAGGAAAAAACUCAACUACUGGGAACUUUAAAAUGAAUACAGUAAUUUUUCAUGCUGUUCAAAGCUAUUAAAUGUAGUGUUCCCCUUAUCAACACGAGAAUAAAAUGCAAAAUCAGGCUGCUAACAUAAUUAUUAAAUCAUUACCACUAUGACUAAAAAAGUAUUCUAACUUACUAUCCAUACUAUCUAUCCAAUAAUUUUGUGCUAAAGGUGGAAGAUUCAUUUAAAAUACACCUCCAUCUAUAUUUUCGUGUUCCAACCUUUGGCUCCUUUGUUAAUUUUUUAAGUGUAGCAUGUGCUACACUUAUGCUAUCCUCUGCAGGUUGUUCUUCCUACACCGUAUUGCUAGAUGCUUCUUAAAGCUGCAACCUUCUGCCUAAACGAACAAAGUGGCCAUUGCCUUCAAGUAAACAUGCAUGAGGUCUCCUGCUCAGGUAGCAUAUAAAUUAGAAUAGAAAGACUAUGAUGAGUUGAGCCUGAAAACAUUUUCAAUGGGUAUUUGCAGUAACAGAAAUGAAUCACAGGACUGUAAAUUGGUGCACCAAGAUAAUCAUAAUCUCAUCAAGAUUGCUCCCUCCCCUCAGUGUUUUAUCAAUGACCAUGAUCAGUGGUUACACAGGGGAGGGGAAAGAUGCUGGAACUGCAUGAUAACAAUUCUGGAACUGAUUUUUUGGGGGGGGGCAUUGCUAAUCAUUUCAGCCGUUUAUUUUCUCAGGGGGGAGGAAAUCGCUGUAGACAAUCUGGCUGUAAAAGUGCCACUAUUGUUUUUGGACCACAGAUUUGCUCCUUCGAAAUCCCCCAGUUUACACCAGAACUCAGAAGAAAUGGGGUGCAGUGCAGAACAAACUCAUGAAAUAAUGAAGAAAUGAGGCUGGGGAAAUUGGGGAGAGAGAGCAAACUAAUGAAGCCAUUUCUACAUGUAUAGUGUAGCAUGGUGGACAUCUUUGAAAGUGGCAGCCAUAGGGGUUUUUUUUUAAAAAAUGAUAAUGCUGAUACCAUGUGCUCCAAGAUGGUGAGGAAAGUUCUAGAAUCCCUCUCCUAUAGGAGGACAGCAAAGAGUCAGUAAUAAAAACUACUCUAAGAAUGACUUGACCCUCUGUCCUAAACUAAACCACUAAAUUAUUUACAUUAGUUUACAAGUAACCUGAACUAGAUAACCGACACCAUGGAUUACAUGAGAGGUGUAAUUACUCUGGAAGUUCUCUUUCCACUCUGGAAAGAAAAGAACAAAUUGAACUUUGGAAGCUUUGUCUGAUUCUGAAGGGCGGGAGUUCAUUUGAAUGCUCACCCCAGAAUAUUCUGGGGGAAAUACUUUUACAGCAGGCAGAAAUUAAAAGGUGAACUCACUUCCUUCAGAAUCACACAAAGUAUCCACAUCAUACCUUUAAAGUGUUUAAAGCAUUGUCAUACCACUCUUUACUGUUACAGCUUCCCCCCCCCCCGGAAAUAUUUACAGCACCCUUAACAAACUAAAGUUCCCAGUAUUCUUUGGGGAAAGUCGUAGCAGUUAAAAAUUACAGUCAUACCUCGGUUUAAGUACGCUUUGGUUUGAGUACUUUCAGUUUAAGUACUCCGUGGACCCGUCUGGAACGGAGUAAUCCACUUUCCAUUACUUUCAAUGGGAAAGCUCACUUCUAGUUAAGUACGCUUCAGGUUAAGUACGGACUUCCAGAACCAAUUACACUCAUACUUCGGGUUAAGUACGCCUAAGGUUGAGUACUCCACGGACCGUCUGGAAUGGAUUAAUCCACUUUCCAUUACUUUCAAUGGGAAAAUUCGCUUCAGGUUAAGUACGCUUCAGGUUAAGUACAGACUUCCGGAACCAAUUGUGUACUUACACCGAGGUACCACUGUAUAAGAGCGCUUUAAAUAUAUGUGUGGGUAUGAAAUAUAGCUCUGCUUGCUGUUAACUGCUCCCCUCCUUUUUUUGUCUUACACUGCAUGAAACUCACAAAGAAGCACUUCUUUUCUUGGUGUGGUAUUAAGUAGUAUACCUAGUUAUACAGCACUUCCUUGUGAGGGUUGAGAACUGGCUAUAGUAUAUGUGGGGAAAAAUCCCAUUGAGAGAACUGCAGUAAACAUGGUAG